CUUGGGCAGUCAGGAAGAUGAAAUCUGAUCUGAGCGGGCAGUCUUAUUGUCAUUAGAAGGAGGGACCCACUCUUCCAGCUUGAGUAAGGAGUCAUUGAGUCUUCUGCCCUUUUGCUGCCUUAGUCAAAGGUCAUCAUGCCUCGGGGUCAGAAGAGUAAGCUCCGCGCCCGUGAGAAACGCCGCCAGGCUCCAGUAAAGCCCCAGGAUCUUGUAAGUGCUCAGGCCACCACAGCAGUAGGAGAAGUUUUCUGCUCCCUUUGCUCUCCUCAUUUCAGCAACUCAGCUGCUGCUGGGUCAUAUUGCACUCCCCAGGGGCCUCAGAGAGCCACAGCCACCACCACUCCUGCUGUGGCUGUUUCACACACAAGAUCGAAUGAAGGUGCCAACAACCAAGGGGAGGAAAGGCCAAGAUCCUCCCAGGCCCAUCCCACCACCAUGCCCUUUCAGAGAGACCCACUAGAUGAGAAGGUGGUUUUGUUGGUGCAUUACCUGCUGCAAAGGUAUCAAAAGAAAGAGCUCAUUACCAAGGCAGGAAUGCUGAGAAAUGUAAUCCAAAUGUAUAGGAACCAGUUCCAUGAGAUCCUCAAGAGAACUUCUGAGCACUUGGAGCUGGUUUUUGGUCUUGAUUUGAAGGAAGUAGAUCCCAACCGGCACAUCUAUGUCCUUGUGAACAAACUGGAACCAAGUUAUGAUGCAGUAUCGGGUGAUUACGGUGGUGUGCCCAAGACAGGCUUGUUAAUGACCAUUCUGGGUGUGAUCUUCACAAAGUGCAACUGUGCCAAUGAGGAGCAAAUCUGGCAAACACUGAAUGUGAUAGGAUUAUAUGAGGGGAGGCAGCACUUCAUCUUUGGGGAGCCCAGGAAGCUCAUCACAAAGGAUUUUGUGAAAGAAAAGUACCUGGAGUACCGCCAGGUGCCCGGCAGCGACCCUCCACGCUAUGAAUUCCUGUGGGGCCCCCGAGCCCACGCCGAGACCAGCAAGAUGAAAGUCCUGGAGUUUCUAGCCAAAGUUCACGAUACCAUCCCAAGUGCCUUCCCAGCCUGGUAUGAAGAGGCUUUGCAAGAUGAGGAAGAAAGAGCCCAAGCCCGAGCUGCAGCCAGGGCUCAUACCGCUGCCAUGGCCAGUGCACGUGCCAAGGCCAUGACCAGUGCACAUUCCAAGGCCACAACCAGUGUGCACACCAAGGCCAUGCCAAUAGCUCCUCUAACCACUAAUAAAGUCUGAGGAAGAUUCUUCA